AUGCAGUUUCAUGCAGAUCUGAUCCGUACAGCCGAGGAAUUCAUCCACACCAAUUUCGGGUCUCGAGCCUAUCUUGCUCUCCACCUCCGCCAGGGCGAUUUCAAAGCACACGGGCGAAUGCCUGCCAUCGAGCUCGUUGCUCGCCAGCUCCUUCACGCCCUUGCAGCAGAUGCAAAUUUGACUUCAAUUUUCUUGGCCUCUGAUGCUGACACCAGUGAUCCGGAUAUGGCUUGGCUGACCGCGCAGCUGGCUGCGCAGAACGUGCCCCUCGUACGACUGACGCCGCCCGCCGGAUCAUCCCUUGGUGAUGGCCAGCUGGCUAUUCUGGACCAGAUUGUGUGCGCCCGAGCGCACAAGUUUAUUGGCACCCCCGAGUCGACCUUUACCUUUCGGAUUCAGGAAGAACGCCCGCGAUGGCCCGUGCACCUGUCCUCGGAUCCGUAG